AUGAAAUUUGAAAAAUAUCUUGAGAGAAAUAUGUACACUCCUUAUAAAUAUUACUAUAUAGAUUACUCAACACUAAGUAAAAGUAUAAAUUUAGAUGUGUGCGAAUAUAAACAGUUACUUAAUGAAAACAUAAAACUAGUAAGUGGAUUUAUUAAAUUAAAAAUCGAAGAAUUAAGAAAGAGACUAUCAAACUGCGCAAAAAAUUCAAAGAGUCUAAAAAAGUUACUUAAAGAAAUGAAGGAAUUUACUGAAUACGUAAGAAUAAACACACGAGGGUUAAAAAAAGUCAUACAACGAUAUGAUAAAAAAACCAAUAACUGCCUUUACAAAGAAUAUAAAAAAGUAAUAUAUGCUAUUAAAGAUGAUGUAGACAAGUUAUCUGAUAUGAUUUAUAAAUCAAGUGAGCUUAUGUUAAAAAAUACGAAAAAAGCUUCAAUAGAUAAUUCUUGCUUUGUAAGGAAAACUGAUAAGUAUUGGGUACAUAAAAAUAAUGUAACUACCCUUAAAUUUCUAAUAUUACAACACCUUCCUUUGUACGUUUUUAAUAAUGUAUAUGAUCCAGAGACACAUGAUACAAACAUAUCUAGUGUUUACUUUGAUAGUACUGAUUACUGUCUGUACUACGACAGACUAAGAAAACUACAAAAUUCUGAAGCUAUACGAAUUAGAUGGUAUGGUGAUGCCGAUGAUAUCGUCUUUAUUGAGCGGAAAAGACACGAAGAUGGAUGGACAGGUGAGGUUAGUAAGAAAUUACGAUUUAGAUUGUAUGAAUCUAAGGUUAAUGAUUUUAUAUCAGGAGAAGAUGUAUGGAAUUAUGUUGUAGAACUGAAUGAUGUGACAGAUGACUUAAAAAUUUUAUACAAAGAAAUACAAGAAACAAUUGUUACUAAAAAUCUUAGACCGAUGGUGCGUACAUGUUAUAAAAGGAUAGCCUUUCAGUUGCCUAACGAUACAACUGUGCGAAUAUCAUUAGACACUGACUUGUGUAUGGUAAAAGAGAAUAUUGAUAAAAAUGAUAACUGGCGACGUAUUAAUAUAAAAUAUCUACCUAAAGAAGAAAUAGUGAGAUUUCCAUACGGUAUACUUGAAGUAAAGACCCAGUGUAUUGAAGAAAACAAACCAGACUGGAUUAUUGAUAUGACGACUGGAAGUCUUGUAGAACAUGUUCAUAAAUUUAGUAAAUAUUUGCACGGUAUGGCUGUUCUCUACCCCAACAUAACGGAAAUUCCUUACUGGCUCCCACAAAUGGCAACUAAAAUCUUAAAAGAUCCAUUUGAAAAUAAAUCAUCGUACAAAGAGUUUGAUAACAAUCAAGUAUUAAUUGAUAUUCUACCUGAAGAUAAGGAUAGCCUUGUUGACAGUGAAUAUUUAAGUACAUUUGAUACUACAAAUAAAAAGAUAUCUAUACCUGUUAGAGUUGAACCUAAAGUAUUUUUCGCUAAUGAAAGGACAUUUCUUUCGUGGGUACAAUUCGCCAUAUUUCUAGGCGGAAUAGGUACAGCACUUUUAGGAAUGGAAAGAGAAAGAGCUCUGUUGGGCGGGAUAACACUUAUAGGUGUAAGUAUUGUAUUUGCUUUCUACGCCUUGUAUUUGUAUUUAUGGCGUGCUGGGAUGAUAAGAAGAAGGGAAUCAGGACCAUAUGAUGAUAUAUACGGUCCACCUAUUUUAGUAUGUGUUUUUUUAUUUGCUAUGUUUCUUGCAAUUAUAUUUAAAUUUCCAUUAAAAAAAGUACUUUAA